AUGCUCAUCCGGGGACCACGAACGGGGGGCGCACACCCGACGCGCGCGGGCCCAGGCGCGCACCGCUUGUGCAGCGCGCUCGUCGCCGUCGCCGUCGCCGCCCCCGCGCGUGGGGCCGUCGCGGGCGGACUCGCGGUCGCGCGAUCGGAGCGAGUGCGAGAUGCGUCCCUGGCGCUCGUGUGCGCCGCGUCGUCGUUUGCGCGGGCGUGUGUGCUGGUGGUAGGCGCUGAAUACGAACUCCUCGGCCGCGUGCGUCGCACGAUUCACCCACGAGCGGGGCUCACACCUGCGCGCUUGCGAGCGCGAGCGCCCCACGCUCUGACCACGAUCACCGACGACGACGCCUUCCUCCUCCUCUACGCACGUGCCCUCCACGCCUCCCCCUCCGCCUCGCAUGCCAUCCUCUGCUCUGCGUCGUGGCCUCCGUCCCCGUAA